AUGCGGCUGGCACUGUGGCCUCCCACGCACUUUCCCGCUGGCCGACUGCGCACGGCCUAUGUUUCCGACGAGCUCAAGGCUGCCGCCCUGGUGGAGGAAGAGCUGGACCCCGAAGGGAGCCCGGCAGAUGGGGAGCCCUCGGCCAAGUACGCGUGCCCCGAGAAGGAGCUCAGCAAGCCCUGCGCCAGCUACCAGAACUCGCCGGCCGCCGAGUUCUCCAGCCACGACAUGGACAGCGAGUCCCACAUCAGCGAGGCCAGCGACCGCAUGGCCGACUUUGAAAGCGGCUCCAUCAAGAACGAGGAGGAGACCAAGGAGGGGGCGGCGGCGCUGGAGGAGACCUCCGUGUCAGACAGCCUGGAGCAGAUGAAGGCCGUGUACAACAACUUCCUGUCCAACUCCUACUGGUCCACCCUCAGCCUCAACCUGCACCAGCCGGCCUCGGAGAAGAACCCGGGCAGCAGCAGCAGCAGCAGCAGCAGCAGUAGCAGCAGCUGUGGCAGCGGCAGCUUCGACUGGCACCAGAGCGCCAUGGCCAAGACGCUGCAGCAGGUGUCACCGAGCCGCGCGCUGCCCGAGCCCAGCCUCUUCAGCACCGUGCAGCUGUACCGGCAGAGCAGCAAGCUCUACGGCUCCAUCUUCACGGGUGCCAGCAAGUUCCGCUGCAGGGACUGCAGCGCCGCCUAUGACACGCUGGUGGAGCUGACGGUGCACAUGAAUGAGACGGGCCACUACCGCGACGACAACCACGAGGCGGACAACAACAACCCCAAGCGCUGGUCCAAGCCGCGCAAGCGCUCGCUGCUGGAGAUGGAGGGGAAGGAGGACGCCCAGAAGGUGCUCAAGUGCAUGUACUGCGGCCACUCGUUCGAGUCCCUGCAGGACCUGAGCGUCCACAUGAUCAAAACGAAACACUACCAAAAAGUGCCUCUGAAGGAGCCUGUCACACCCGUUGCGGCCAAAAUCAUCCCCGCCGCUCGGAAGAAGGUGCCCGCGGAGCUGGAGCUGCCCAGCUCCCCGGACUCCACGGGCGGGACCCCCAAGGCCGCGCUGGCCGACACGAACGACGUGCUGCAGAAGAACGCCAACCCCUACAUCACACCCAACAACCGCUACGGCCACCAGAACGGGGCCAGCUACGCCUGGCACUUUGAGGCCCGCAAGUCCCAGAUCCUCAAGUGCAUGGAGUGCGGCAGCUCCCACGACUCCCUGCAGGAGCUCACCGCCCACAUGAUGGUCACCGGCCACUUCAUCAAGGUCACGAACUCAGCCAUGAAGAAGGGGAAGCCCAUCAUGGAGACGCCCGUCACGCCCACCAUCACCACCCUGCUGGACGAGAAGGUGCAGUCCGUGCCCCUGGCGGCCACCACCUUCACGUCCCCCUCCCACACACCGGCCAGCGUGUCCCCCAAACUGACCGUAGAGGUCAAGAAGGAAGUGGACAAGGAGAAAGCCGUCCCCGACGAGAAACCGAAGGACAAGGAGAAGCCCUGCGAAGAGGAGGAGAAGUAUGACAUCUCCUCCAAGUACCACUAUUUGACGGAGAACGACCUGGAGGAGAGUCCCAAGGGGGGGUUGGACAUCCUCAAGUCCCUCGAGAACACCGUGACGUCCGCCAUCAACAAGGCCCAGAACGGCACCCCCAGCUGGGGCGGCUACCCCAGCAUCCACGCCGCCUACCAGCUCCCCAACAUGAUGAAGCUGUCCUUGGGCUCAUCGGGGAAGAGCGCGCCCCUGAAGCCCAUGUUUGGCAACAGCGAGAUCCUGUCCCCCGCCAAGAGCCAGACCCUGGUCUCCCCACCCAGCAGCCAGACCUCGCCCAUGCCCAAGACCAACUUCCACGCCAUGGAGGAGCUGGUGAAAAAGGUCACUGAGAAAGUGGCCAAGGUCGAGGAGAAGAUGAAGGAGCCGGAGGGCAAGCUCUCUCCACCCAAGCGGGCCACCCCAUCCCCCUGCGGCAGCGACGCCAGCGAACCCGUCAAGAUGGAGGCCUCUGGCGAAGGCGGCUUCCGCAGCCAGGAGCACAGCCCCAGUCCCCCGCGCGAAGGCGGCAAGGAGGCGAGCCCCCCGGCGGAGCCUGUGGAGAACAGCCAGGAGCCGGGCAAGCCCGCGGCCGGCAGCCUGAGCAGCACCGCCAUCAUCACCGACCACCCGCCCGAGCAGCCGUUCGUGAACCCCCUGAGCGCCCUGCAGUCCGUCAUGAACAUCCACCUGGGCAAGGCCGCCAAGCCCUCCCUGCCGGCCCUGGACCCCAUGAGCAUGCUCUUCAAGAUGAGCAACAGUCUGGCCGAGAAGGCGGCCGUGGCCACGCCCCCGCCCCUGCCGGCCAAGAAGGCGGACCCCCUGGACCGCUAUUUCUACCACGCCAGCCAUGACCAGCCCAUCGACCUGACGAAAGGGAAGAGUGACAAGGGCUGCUCGCUGGGUUCGGUGCUCCUGUCCCCCACGUCCACGUCCCCGGCCACCUCCUCGUCCACCGCGGCGACGGCGAAGACGGCCGCCGUGGUGUCCUUCAUGGCGAGCUCGCCGCUGCGCGAGAACGCCCUGUCGGACAUCUCCGACAUGCUGAAGAACCUGACGGAGAGCCACACGUCCAAGGCCUCCACCCCCUCCAGCGUCUCCGAGAAGUCCGAUGUCGACGGGGCCACCCUGGAGGAGGCCGAGGAGGCGACGCCGGCGCAGAAGAGGAAGGGCCGCCAGUCCAACUGGAACCCGCAGCACCUGCUCAUCCUGCAGGCCCAGUUCGCUGCCAGCCUGCGGCAGACCUCGGAGGGCAAGUUCAUCAUGUCGGACCUGAGCCCCCAGGAGCGCAUGCACAUCUCCAGGUUCACGGGGCUCUCCAUGACCACCAUCAGCCACUGGCUGGCCAACGUGAAGUACCAGCUCCGAAGGACAGGCGGGACCAAGUUCCUCAAAAACCUGGACACGGGCCACCCCGUGUUCUUUUGUAAUGACUGCGCGUCACAAAUCAGGACUCCCUCCACCUACAUCAGCCACCUGGAGUCGCACCUGGGCUUCCGGCUCCGGGACUUGUCCAAACUGUCCACCGAGCAGCUCAACAGUCAGAUAGCACAAACCAAGUCGCCGUCCGAGAAGCUGCUGGCCGCCUCCUCCGAGGAGGACCUGGGCACCUCCUACCAGUGCAAACUGUGCAACCGGACCUUCGCGAGCAAGCACGCCGUCAAGCUGCACCUCAGCAAAACCCACGGGAAGUCCCCGGAGGACCACCUGCUGUACGUGUCCGAGCUGGAGAAGCAGUAGCAGUGGCUUCCGGCCGCGACGACUGUGGUCUGCUCUGGGGAGGCGGCGCCCGCACCGGGCCGCUCCAUCCCGCCGCACACAGGUUCUCGUCCCCCCGGCAGCGCGCUCUGGCGGGCGGUUUUGUACGACUGUACAGUGUUGAUAGAGGUGCGUAAUCCGCGGUUGUUACUGGUAACCAGGAAGGCCGACGCGCAGUGCUAAGUGUUUGGAACUCUGUGUAAAUGGGAUUUAGUCGUGAGCACCGAUGCUCCAAGCUGCAUGCGUAACAGACCAUUUAAUGAAGCAUUUAUACCGAAGCCCGCACCCCUCCAUGCAACCGGAGUGCGUGCGCCCGUUCCUCACCCUUUCAUCUUCAGUCCUCUGAGUACUUUGAA